CGCAAUGGUAUAUACUCUCAAUGGACUUAAUAUUGAGACCCAUCAGACUCGCGUCGUCCAGAUCCGCGAGGAAAGCCUAUCUUAACACGGCACUGUUUCUAGCAACCUCUGCUACGCUAUUUGGCCUGGCCGUCGUCGCUUAUGUCCUAUUCUAUGCGAAUUAUAUUCCAAAGAUUGGAAUUGAGCGGGAGGUCCAUCUUCAAUAUGGGGGCGAUGCAUCCAGCCCUUAUGGGCUUGUAUCUCUAGAUAAUUCUGUUAUGCCACAACAGGCGUACGAUAUACUGGUCGAAAUUGAUCUCCCAACAUCACCAGCAAACAGCGAGCUUGGGAAUUUCAUGGUGGACAUGGUAAUGUUGUCGUCUGAAUACAAGGACUCAAGCCGACCUGGGACAUCGACAAGCCGGCCAUCUGAUCUCCAUAGCUGGAUACCAGCUGGGUCUAUCUUAUUCUCAUCUCGACGCCCUGCCAUUCUCACGUUCCGAUCUGAUGUCGUGAGCCUCGGUAAACAACUCGCUGGCCUUCCACUAUAUAUCCUGGGCUUGCAUCGUGAGUCCGAAAGGCUGCGGAUUCCGAUGGCCGAAGGGAUCGUCUUUGAAAAGGGGCAUAAGAAUGCACCGAGGAAGGUGUACCUUGAUAUACAGUGUCGCCAUCAGCAGGCCCUUCAAGUUUACAGCAUGCGUCUGCUACUGCGGGCAAAGUUCUCGGGCCUUAGGUGGCUUAUGUACAACCAUCGGAUCUUCUCUUUUGUGGUAUUCACAACCGCAUUCUGGGCUGCAGAAGUCUUUUUUGCUCUAGUGGCCUGGAUUCUAUUGCAAUCAACAUUCAAUGCCACCGAGGAUCAAACUUCAGUCGUGGAACAAAAACUGCAGGGUGGCAGCUCAAAAGUCAAGACUGAGCCCUUCGACGAUGAUAUUCUAGAUACGGAUGACUCAGAUGUAUAUGAUGGGCCACGAAGGUAUUCGAAAUAUGACAGAUGGGCACCUGUGCGACACGAACCACAGAUAAAGAAGGAAGAUGACGAGAAGAAAACCCUAUUUUCAGUCGACGCUCGCGUUUAUCCUAAAACAGAGGAGGCUGAUGAUGAGUCUGAUGAGCCAACCUAUACGAGUGGCAUGUUCAAGGAGGGAAGGUCAGCUUCUAGGGUUGAGACAAGCUUCAGCGAAAGCAAGGGUGGGGCUGCGGCCACAGCAGCUCAGAGAAGGAGGUCCAGAACCGCAAGGGAACCUAGUCCAGAAUAUUGAUGUCAGAGUUGAUUGUGGCGAGGCUGGCGUUGAUUCAUUAUACCCCAACUAUUCCAAUAAUAUUUUGUACAAUUAGCAUAACCAAUGAAAUUAAUAGCGGACAAACAUACUGUGCCAGGUGCG